AUGCCGGAAGGACCCACAGUGCGGCGCUUCAGCUCCCUUGUCUCUCCAUUUGUAGGACAGCAGGUAGAGAAGGUUGGCUGUAGAACCAAGCAGAUUGCCCUCCAGGACUUGAUGGGGCAGUGGAUUCAGGACUGUCAGGUACAUGGGAAGAAUCUCUACGUAGCGUUUGGGUGCAGCAUAACCCAUGUAACUGCUCUUGCUGAUGCCCAAGAAUUGGACGAUGGCAAGGCUCCUGAGGAGAAGAGCUUAAAUGAUUACCCACCCAGUGAUGCAACCACCGCCCGUACAAGUCCCCUCAGCUCUUUGGAGCAUGAAGAAGACAACCCCAGGUGCAAAUGGCUGCGCUUCCAUUUUGGGCUCUAUGGGAGCAUCAGAGUCAAUGAGAUGGCGCGUGCGAGGCAAGGUAACAAGAGAGGCGACUGGAGAGACCCGACACCUAGGUUACUUCUGCACUUCACUUCUGGGAAUUUUCUUGUGUUCUAUAACUGCCGAAUACACUGGUGUUCAUCUCCACAUGUUGAGCCCACCUGUGAUAUCUUGUCGGUGGAAUUUGAUAAGGAAAAGGCUCUAUGUGCGCUGUCAUCUCCCAGACCGGUCUGUGUUACUCUAAUGGAUCAGCAGCACUUCUCUGGGGUUGGGAACAUCAUUAAAAAUGAGAUCCUGUUUCUGGCUCAAGUUCACCCUCUCACCCUGGGCUCCCUACUUACCACAAACACUCUGCGUGCCCUCAUUGACCAUGCUGUAAGCUUCACUGCCCAGUGGUUGAGCAAGAAGAUGCAGAAAGAGCCACUGCACUACCACAUCUACAUGAAGGAGUAUUGCGAGAAGGGGCACAAGGUUGUGAAAGAAAGCAUCGGUCCACCGUGUGGCUUAAAGAGGCUGACCUGGUAUUGUCCUACAUGCCAGGAGCAGGUACAGCCUGAAGAAUCUGCACAAGCUUCCACAUAG